AGCCCUACACACCCAACAGCACCAUCCCAUCCGAACUGCCAACACCAGCCAUGGGGAAGAUCACCUUCUAUGAGGACCGCGGCUUCCAAGGCCGCCACUAUGAGUGCAGCAGCGACCACUCCAACCUGCAGCCCUACUUCAGCCGCUGCAACUCUGUGCGCGUGGACAGUGGCUGCUGGAUGCUCUAUGAGCAGCCCAACUUCGCAGGCUGCCAGUACUUCCUGAGGCGUGGGGACUACCCUGACUACCAGCAGUGGAUGGGCCUCAGCGACUCUGUCCGCUCCUGCCGCCUCAUCCCCCACUCCAGCUCUCACCGGAUCAGGAUGUACGAGCGCGAGGACUACAGAGGUCAGAUGGUGGAGAUCACCGACGACUGCUCCCACCUCCAGGACCGCUUCCACUUCAGUGACUUCCACUCCUUCCACGUGCUGGAAGGCUACUGGGUCCUCUACGAGAUGCCCAACUACCGGGGGCGGCAGUACCUGCUGAGGCCCGGGGAGUACAGGCGCUACCACGACUGGGGCGCCGUGAACGCCAGGGUGGGCUCUCUGCGGAGAAUCAUGGAUUUCUACUGAAAUAUUUUUACUCUACCAUUUUCUCCAUCUGGACAUUAAUAAAAUAUUUCCUGUGUGUUUCAUGCAA